AAACAACGACCCUCUUGUUCAGUCUCUCCUUUCGCUCAGCAGCCUUUCCCUCUCGUUUUCCCUCUCCGUCUCGCUCUCCAAUUCGUGAAAUUAGGGCAAGCUCGGAGAGAAGAAAGACGCAAAAUUGCUUUCAAUUCGUGUCGUCGCUUUCCUCCGGCACCGGAGAGGCACUUAGAAUCGAAGGAGAAGAAGAAGCAGAGCAGCCCCGCACAGACACGGAAGUGGAGAAGAAGACGCAGAGCAGUGGAGGAGUGGGCUUCGAAGUUAUCUCAGUUUCCUUUAGGGCUGCGAAGUUUCUUGUCCUGCUGCUGCUACCGGACUGCUGCUGCCACCGAGCUGCUGCUGCUACCAUCGAGCUACUGCCAGCUGAGUAGCUGCUGCUGCUGCUUCCUCUCGCGAGUUGGCUCUCCGACUAGAUUAGUCAAUUUCCGAGAAGGGGAAGAUUCAGAAGAAGCGACUCGCUGCGGCGGAUUCGGCUCCAUAGGGUGCGGUUGAUUGUGACUUCCGGUCGAUGGAGAAGAUCGGAGAAGAUCUCCAGCCUGAAAGAUGAUAACUCGCUCGAAACUCGUCGAGCAACUCAGAGACUACCAGAUCCGGUCCCAGCACAAGUGUCGUGCUCUCAUCGUCUUCUCCCCCAAGCCUUACCUCGCCUCCUGUUGGAAUCGACAUGUUCGUGUCACGUGAGAUCGCUGUCGUGGUUGUGCUGAUGCAAGCAGUCAAUCGCUAUCCUUUUGGGGUUCUAAACUGACCAAGUAAUGGCGAUUUUGGAGGACCCAGCUGUGAAUUUGCCUAUCUCAGCUCCAAAUUCAUAUGGGGCAGUCGUUCUUGGUGGCACUUUUGAUCGGUUACAUGAUGGGCACCGCCUUUUCCUCAAGGCAGCAGCAGGGUUGGCAAGCAAUCGGAUUGUUGUGGGAGUUUGUGAUGGUCCUAUGUUGACGAAGAAACAGUUUGCUGAACUAAUACAACCUAUCAAGGAGAGAAUGCAAAACGUCAAGGACUAUAUCAAGUCUAUCAGGCCGGAGCUUGUGGUGCAAGUUGAACCUAUCAUGGAUCCCUAUGGGCCUUCAAUUGUUGAUGAAAAAUUGGAGGCUAUCGUUGUCAGCAAGGAGACAGUGCCUGGUGGAAUGUCUGUCAAUAAGAAGAGAGCAGAAAGAGGCCUUUCCCAACUGAAGUAUGUCGAGAAAUUGGCUCAGAUCGAAGUGGUAGAUUUAUUAUCCGAGGGCUCUAGUGGAAACAAGCUCAGCUCUUCAACCUUGAGGAGGCACGAAGUUGAGAAGAAGUCUGCAGCAUAUCAGGGGACAACAUAUACAUAGUUACAGCUCUUUGGAAAAGCUGUGGAAAUCCCGUCGAAGGCACGUCGAAGUGUGUACGAGGCCAUGAAAUUGUCUUCAAACAAGAGUACUGAAGAUUUUAGACCCGAUCAUUCUGAAAACUUGUAAAUUCGUUACCGUUACCCAUGGGUGUUUCUGCCUAACGAAGGUUAUACGAGGAAUUCUUGUAUAAUAUAAUGGUAUAUUGAUGUUUGCAAGAAUAAAGUAAAAGGAUUCAGUUGCGUACUUA